AUGGCUACCACCGAUAACCUUCCCGCAGCCGACGUCAACAAGUACGACUAUGUCAUUGUUGGCGGUGGUACGGCCGGCUGUGUCAUUGCUGCUCGCCUCGCCGAGUAUCUCCCUCGCAAGAACAUCCUCCUGAUCGAGGCCGGUCCCAGCGAUUUCACUGACGAUCGCGUUCUCGAUCUGCGCAAGUGGUUGGGUCUGCUUGGCGGCGAGCUUGAUUACGACUACCCCACUACCGAGCAGCCCAUGGGCAACUCACACAUCCGUCACUCCCGCGCUAAGGUGCUCGGUGGCUGCUCUUCUCACAACACCCUAAUCUCAUUCCGCCCGUUUGAGCAUGAUCUCGACAUCUGGCAGUCGCUCGGUGCCAAGGGUUGGACCUUCCCGGUCUUCAUGCGCGUCCUCGACCGCCUCCGCAACACCGUCCAGCCCGUUCACGCCCGCCAUCGCAACCAGCUGUGCAAGGAUUGGGUCCUCGCCUGCUCCUCUGCUCUCAACGUCCCCGUCAUUCCCGACUUCAACCGUCACAUCAAGGACACCGGUUCGCUGACCGAGGGUGUUGGUUUCUUCUCCGUCUCCUACAACCCCGACAAUGGCCAGCGCUCCUCGGCCUCGGUGGCGUACAUUCACCCCAUCCUCCGCGGCGAGGAGAAGCGUCCCAACCUGACUGUCCUGACGAACGCUUGGGUCUCGCGCAUCAACGUCAAGGAUGACGCCGUGACUGGUAUCAACCUGACUCUCAAGGACGGUACCAGCCACACCGUCAACGCCAAGGCCGAGACCAUCCUCUGCGCCGGUGCCGUUGACACACCGCGUCUUAUGCUGCACUCUGGUCUCGGUCCUGCUCAGCAACUCCGCGAUCUCGGUAUUGAGGUGGUGCGUGACAUCCCCGGCGUUGGCGAGAACCUUCAGGAUCACCCUGAGAGCAUCAUUCUCUGGGAGCUCAACAAGAAGGUGCCUGAAAACCAGACUACCAUGGACUCCGACGCCGGCAUCUUCCUGCGCCGUGAGGCUCCCAACGCUGGUGCCACUCAGAGCGCCGCCAACCCCCAAGGUCUCGCCGAAGGCCAGAUUGCCGACGUCAUGAUGCACUGCUACCAGAUCCCCUUCACUCUGAACACCGGCCGUCUCGGUUACCCCGAGAUGAAGGACGGUUACACGUUCUGCAUGACCCCUAACAUUCCUCGUCCCCGCUCGCGUGGUCGCAUCUACCUGACCUCCGCCGACCCCAAGGUCAAGCCCGCGCUUGACUUCCGCUACUUCACCGACCCCGAGGGCUACGAUGCCGCCACUCUCGUCUACGGCAUGCGCGCUGCCCGCAAGGUUGCCGAGCAGGCUCCCUUCAAGGACUGGAUCGCCAAGGAGGUUGCUCCCGGCCCUGAUAUUCAGACCGACGAGGCCCUGUCCGAGUACGCCCGCCGCGCCGCCCACACCGUCUACCACCCGUGCGGCACCACCAAGAUGGGUGACGUUCACAAGGACGGCAUGGCUGUCGUUGACGAGCAUCUCAAGCUCCGUGGUCUGCGCGGCGUGCGUAUCGCCGACGCUGGUGUCUUCCCCACCAUUCCCUCCAUCAACCCCAUGUUGACGGUGCUUGGUGUCGGUGAGCGCUGCGCCGAGCUGAUCCUCGAGGAGGCUGAGGCUCUGAACGCUGAGAAGGCUCAGGCCAGGCUGUAA